AAUGGCCACAGCAUCCGUGUAUAUAGCAUCUGACCAGGUUUAUGACUACUGUUGUUCCAAGUGUGAUGAACAUGGCAAAAACAUCGAGGCUCAACACUUCUGCCCAGAGUGUGAACACUAUCUGUGUGACAAGUGUGUGCGAUUACAUAAGGGAUACCAUAGACAGCAUACAGUGUAUGGGCGUGGAGACAUUCAGAAAUGGGCGGGGUUUUCCAUGGACAGAUGUGACCAACAUAGCAACAAGCUGGAGGUCCACUGCGAUGACCACCAGGAACUUUGCUGUAGUGUCUGUGUGGCCCUUAACCACAGGCAGUGUAGCAGUAUCAGUCACCUGCCUGACCUGGCCCAAGGCUUCAUUGAAACAGUUGAGUUCAAGCUGCUGCCAGCAGCAGUAAAAAAGAUAAAGCAUGUGCUGGAUGGGCUGAGGAAUGCCAGGAUGAAAGACCAAGCAUCAUUAAAAGACUCAUACAAGAACAUCCUGGCGGAAAUUAAGUCUUUCCGCAAAGAGAUUACCACCAUGUUGGACCAGCUUGAGAAGAAGGCAGUUGAACAGUUGGAAAGCAAGGUGAAAGAUAUGGAUAAGUCAAUGAAUGAUGAUAUUGAAGCAUGUGCUCAAAUGCAUGACCAACUAAAAACCAUGAUGGAAAAAGUUCAACGGUUGACAGGCAAACAAAAGGAGACAAAUUCCUACAUUGGGUAUAAAAGGUGCCAAGGGCAGCUUACCAAAGCUCAAAGUGUGAUACAUGAGAUAGAAGCAAGACCAAAAGAAGAAAGAAUACUAUUUUAUCCCAACACCAAGAUUAAAACUUUCCUUCAAGGCUUGGACAAUCUAGGUAACACUGUUCAUGUGUAUAACUGUAUUUCUAAGAAAUACAUCUCAAUGGAUCCUUAUAUUAUAUGUGAGAUGCCUGAUGGACACAUUGUCAAAACAGACUUUACAGGACUUAUGCUUCUGAACAGCCAAUACAAGAAAAUUGCACACUGUAAUCUUCCUGGCUAUUCAUAUAACUUGUGUCAUACCAUAGGCAAUGAAGUUUGUGUAGCUGUCUUUAUAGAUGGAUUUUUCACUAACUAUUCUGAAAUCCAUUUCAUAAAAGUGACCAGAGGGAAGCUACAGAAAGUGAGAAAGUUCACCAUAGACCAGAGGUGCACCUCAAUUGCCCACCACCAGGGCCGGUUGUAUUUAAGCUACGGCACUGCCCUCUACCAGUACACUAUGUAUGGUGAACUUGUUAAGAAGAUUUAUGAAAACCAGGAAAUUUUCAAAUGUGCUGUAAGUCCUGAUGGGGAGAGAAUAUAUGUAACACUACAUUCAUUUGCAACUUCAUUGUCAUUGGUUACACUUGAUCAAAGUGGUCAAGUAUUAUCUACAUUUGAAGAUCCAGAGCUAUGUGGACCCUGUCUAGUAUGUGUCAGUCCGAAUGGCCAUGUGUUUGUGUGUGGGUCAAUGUCUAACACUAUGCUACACCUGGACAGGGAGGGCACACAGAAGUUGGCCACCGUGGCUGAUGGCUUAAAGUUGCCUGAGUCAGUGUGCUUCAGUGAACAAACCUCCAGCCUUAUUGUUGGAUGUGAUCAUAUGAUUCAUGUUUUGAAGCUAUGCUGAUGCAAAUAUAGAAAACAAAAUAUGCUUUAAAAUGUAUGCAGUUUGCAUUGAAGUCUACAAUUGUAACUUAUACAUGUACUUAGA